AAUGUGAAAAGAAGGAAAGUCCGAUCUUAUCUCCAAGCCUCUGAGAGCAAUCAAACUCACACAACCAACUUUCCGUAAUACAACAACUAUGACCACCAUUUUCAUGGCUAUAUUUCCUCGAUUACUUUUGAAAUCCAUUUCUGCUGCUACACAAGCAAGAACAUAAAAUACUGAAAUAUUUAGAGGAUUUGUGCGCAGGAUGGCCUUUUGGAAACACAGAUAUCAUUGUUUCCCAAUCUUAGGCCUCCUGCCUCUCCUCCUCCUCCUCCUCCUCUUGCACCAUCCCAUCUCAACCACCACCACCACCGCCCUCGCCAUUCGCGUCCCCACAACUUCUUCUUCACCUUCCUUUCGGGAGGCUCCCGCCUUUCGCAAUGGCGACUCAUGCACAUCCUCCCAUAACACCACCACCCUCAUCCACAUUGUCAUGCCCCUGGACACCAACUACAUACGAGGUACAAUGGCUGCCAUAUUAUCCAUUUUGCAGCACUCCACCUGCCCCGAGAACGCCUUUUUUCAUUUUCUCACCAUCAACUCUGAUCCCGAGAUUCUUUCCAUAAUCAAAUCCACCUUCCCUUACUUGACCUUCACAAUGUACCGCUUUGAUCCUAAGCGCGUUCGCGGCAAGAUUUCCAAGUCUAUAAGGCAAGCCCUGGAUCAGCCACUCAACUAUGCCAGGAUCUAUAUAUCCGACAUUCUCCCCGACGGGGUGAGCCGUGCUUUAUACCUGGACUCUGACAUCAUCGUCGUGGAUGAUGUGGCCAAGCUGUGGGCGGUGGACAUGGAGAACAAAGUGCUGGCAGCGCCGGAAUACUGCCAGGCGAAUUUCAGCAGCUACUUCACAGACGACGCGUUCUGGUCGGACCCGGUGUUGGCGCGCACGUUCGAGUGGCGGCGAGCUUGUUACUUCAACACCGGAGUGAUGGUGGUGGACGUGGAGAAGUGGAGGAAAGGAGGGUACACUGAGAAAGUGGAGCAAUGGAUGAGGAUACAGAAACACAAGAGGAUAUAUCACUUGGGGUCUUUGCCGCCUAUCCUAUUGGUUUUCGCGGGCAACAUUAGGGCGGUGGAUCACAGGUGGAACCAGCACGGGUUAGGCGGCGACAACUUAGAAGGGAAAUGUAGAGGGCUCCAUCCUGGACCUAUUAGCCUCCUGCAUUGGAGUGGGAAGGGGAAGCCGUGGUUGCGCAUGGAUGCUAGGAGGCCCUGCACCGUUGAUCUACUGUGGGCCCCCUACGAUCUCUACCGUUCCCAUUCCUCUAUGGUUGCAUUGGAGGAGUAAUAGUGAAUAGUGAUGCCCGCAAACAAUACUUAAUAUUUAGUUAGUUAGCAAGGGUUGAUAAUAGGAAGAAAACUAUUUAUCAAUUGACAGUACUAUUGCAUGUCUGUGUAUAGUAGACCAGAUAAGCACCAAUCAAAUCAACUGUGAAUUUUUGUGAGAACCAAAAUCUCAUCCCAUUUCUCAUUUGGUGACUUGUAGCUAGCAAG